ACGUACGUAAAUAACAGAAAAGCUACAUAAUCUGCUGCUCCAGCUACACUUCCCACAGCGAACAGUUUGGAUGCAAAACGGUAAUAGAAAUGAUAUUGCUUAUUUCAGCGAGGCUAUUUUCAUAGAUUAAAAUAUUAAAGUGGGUAGCAGCAAUUCUGGUACAGAAUUGUUGCUGUCUUAUCCUGAAACCGACCUCCUAUGCUAAUGCUAACAAGAUAGCUCCAGUAUGAACUCGCUGGUUGGUUAUGGAGUUUCCUCCAGCAGUGAUGAAGAGGAGGAAGACGUUAACAGCAGGAAAGCUGACUUUCUUCAAGAUGAUGCUACCGCGGUCAAAAAGAGCCGCAACUUCUUACUGGAGUCUGACUCGGCAUCCAGUGAGUCAGACCCUGAGGAUCAGGAGCCCUCAUCAUACUCAUCAUCAUCAUCUCAUCUUCAAACGCGGGGCUCCUCAGCACCCUCUCGGCCCAUCCUGCCUCCACCCCUAUUAAACUCUGCCACUAUUAAAAAGCUACCUCCACCUUCUCUAAACGCCUCGUCUGACUGCAGCGUGUUCACCAACCCAUUCAAAGCACAGGCCGACCAGAAGCUCAGUGCUCUACAGAAACACGUUCCGCUCACCAUGCAGGCAAGACCCUCCCAGAUAGGAGGCAGAAAGGUCUGCGUUUCCUACAGGAAGGACGGAAGGUGCAGGUUUGGCAUCAAAUGCAAGUUUGCUCACGACAGUGACCUGCAGACGGCGGUGAUUCCCAGCGACUCUCAGCCAUCUGUGAGUGAGGAGGCACCAGGACCGGUGGGAGGAUCCCAGAGCUUUCAGCAGGAAUCAAAGGAGAAAGAGGCUGAGCAGCAGAUGAAGAAGAGGAAAGUUGGACUGAGUAACUCUUUGAUUCCCCCUAAAAGAGCACUGAAGCAAUAUACUAUGCAGAGAGACAGAGAGCGGAUUAAUAUGUCCUGAUGACGGGUUUAUAAACUGGGAAUAACUAAUUUUGUACAUUUUUAUGUCUUAAAUUAGUAAUGGAUGCAGAGUUCUGGACCAGACAUCAUACUGAUGUCCAUUUGUCGCUGUAUUAAUUUUUCUCCGUUACACACGGACCAAUUUGUCGUUCUUUCCUGUGACUAUAGGCAUGGACUGGUUACCAGUAUUGCGGUAAACCAAAUUGUAAGAAAAUUCUGCUUGAAAACCACGUAAAUUUCCAUUCUAACCGUUCCUAGGUCCUUUAGAGAUAUGCAAGAAAAAAAACUGCAUGUAUCAAAAUUAAUAAAAAGGUUACAUAUUUUCCACAAGGGUAUCUUAUAGCAACAAUAAAAAUAAUUUUGUUUAAUAAAACCUUCAGAUCAAAUUGUAUUUUAAAUCUUUGAAUCACCUGCAAGGACCUGUAGAAGCGAACAAGGUUUUAAGUCACGAGUUUGAGCUGACGCAGCGCUGCCUCUUCCUUAUGUAAUGCUGUGCACUGUUGGUCAGAUGGCUGAAAUCAAACUUCCAACACUUUCUCCUCAGUUAAGAGACAAACUGGGAAAAUAUUAAAUGCUAAGAAACACAACUCUUACUAUGGGAAUGCUGUCUGUUAAUCUGCAGGCUGGUAAAAUGAAAAGAUAGAUCUAACAAUCAGCUAAUUUAUAUGAGGAACAAAAUAAGCCUCUUCUGCUUCAUUCCAGCAUGUGCUUAUGAAUUUUUGCUUAAAUUAAUGUAUCAGAAUUAACAUAAAUGUUGUAGAUGAUUUUUGUAGCAGUAAAAAAAAUUGCCUGUUAAAUAAAGCAACUAUUUCUUAUGAA